GCUAACUGCCUUCCUGUGCUCAUUUAGCCUUUGCUUUAGACUAAUAAAUAACUGAGAGUUGGAAAGUGCUUUAACAAUAUAAAGCAACAUGCAAUCCAUCAGCUUUGAGUUACAAGCUUGUAUCGUGGAUUUCCUGGAACCUAGACAAGUCAAGCUAAUAAAGCCACUUCAAAUGAAACUAAAAUCACAGUUUCAAGACUUAAUCUUGGCUCUGACAUCUUGGAGAGCAUUUCUGCUACAACAAACACUACCUUUAAGGGUGGAAAGCACGUUCAGCUAUUUGGAAAUUAGUGACAUUGAGAUUCGAGAUGACAAAUUGGUAAGUACUACUUUUCAUGGUAUCUUAAAAUAG